AAUUUCAUCGAAAUCCGUUGUCGUUAAGGCUACAAAUUCUAACAAACAUUCAUAUAGAUGUUGUUAGAGUUUAACUUAACGACUGGAUAAAUGGAUGGCCUCCAUCCAUCUAUAGUUUCUCAGUUUUACUAUUAGUAUGAAGUAUGGUUGCAAAAGGUUUGGCAACCUUAUUAACUUCAUUAUGAUUAUCAUUAAAGUCUAUCAGAACAUAUCAAUUUAUAUCUUAUCAAUACGAUAUGGUAAUGCGAAGUGCUCAGUGCAAGUUCUGACUUCGUUUAUUUCACUGCCGUCGUAGUCUCUAUUCUUUUCGUAAAGAAUGAAAGAGAUAGCAAUAUGAUUUUGUACUACAGUCGAUAUACACAGUUUCUUUGAAAGAGUUGCAACAAUAUUAUUACAGGGUAACUGUAAUUAACACGCGAGUGGUUGUGUUACGGUCUUUGUGAAGUCAUAGUGCGUAUAAGAGGUAUCAAUACAAUGCUAAAAUAUAUCAGAUAGCCGAAUUGGCGAAAAAUGGCGAAGUUCAUAAAAUCCUUCUUUCAAACACCAUCCGAUAAAAGGAGGAACUCUCAAUAUGGUGAAGAAGAUGGUACUUUAACGCCACCUCUCGGCGGAAGACGGAAGCUCUCUAUAUCCAGGUCUGGUAGAAUGAAACAGAGUAAUAAAAAGAGACAUUCUAUAUCUUUAGACUUGUAUGGCGAGAAUCUCCAGUCUUCAGAAAAGAUAAAGACAGUGGAAUACCAUGUCAAUGCGCCAGUGAAUCAGUCAGUUAAAAAUGAUCUCAAACACGAUGACAAAGUAGAGAGGCGACACAGUAUGGAAGUGCGGACGCCGGAGGAAGAAAUAGAUAUAGCAUUCAAUGUCAUCGAUAAGACAUAAGAUAUCUUGAUAAGAAUUGUAUAACAAACAAAGACAUUUAAGAAAUACAUAGAAUAGUCAUAGGAAACAUUUUUCACCGGUAAUUUCUCUAUAAGGUACUAUGUCAGUAAAUGACAUGUUAUAAAACAUUUAAAAAAAUUAAAAUAAGCUUCAUCAUCAUCAUCCACUUGCCCUUAUCCCUUACGGAGG